UUGACCAGAAAGAGUUUGAUACUACUGGACUUGGUAUUGAUGAUUUAAUUGAUGCAUAUGUGCAAACUGUAUUAAGCAUUAUUGCUAUUGAUAAAAUGUGCCAGAAACUUUUUGUUAAUAAUGAGUUCAAUUUUGAAUUAUUUCGCACAUUGAACCCCGAUGAUGUCUUAUUAAAUGAGUUGUUAUUGUAG